UCGAAAAUGGGACAAACUCUGAGCGAGCCAGUGACAACAAAACAAUCAGCAUGUUGCCGGGAUGAAAAUUACCUGGUAGGUAGCUCAAGCAUGCAAGGAUGGAGGGUCAAGAUGGAGGAUUGCCAUGUCCAUAUUCUUUCCCUUCCUGAAGACCCUGGGACUGCCUUCUUUGCCGUCUACGACGGCCAUGGAGGAAAAAUAGUAGAAGCUAUGGAACAAGGAUUUUUGCAAUUAGAUGAAGCUAUGCAAGCAGACACUGUUUUAAGAGCCGAACGUGCUGGGACUACAGUAAUUGCAAUCCUUAUUAAGGAUAAUGUACUUUAUAGUGCAAACGCUGGAGACAGCAGAGCAAUAGCCUCCGUAAACGGCUACCUAGUUGAGCUGAGCCGUGACCACAAACCCACAUUGGAGGACGAGCGGAAGAGAAUUGAAGCCGCGGGUGGUUGGGUGGAAUUCAACCGCGUAAAUGGUCAUCUUGCGCUUUCCCGGGCUCUGGGUGACUUUAAAUUCAAGUGGAACAACACUAAGACUGCCGAAGAACAAAUAGUUACAGCAUUUCCUGAAGUACAAAAAUUUGAAAUAAACAAAGAUUGGGAAUUUAUUGUCCUUGCCUGUGACGGAAUUUGGGACGUAAUGACCAGCCACGAGGUAUUAGACUUUAUCAGGAACUACAUAGCGACUCAAUAUAACGUUAACGAGGACUCGCAUCCUCGGAGUCGUGAUUCUAGUAUCGAAGACUAUUCAGAGGAUUCGGACAAAGGAGGGAAGAAAAAUUUGGAAAAAGCUACUGUGGACCCGGAGUUAAUUUGCGAGGAGCUGUUGAAUCAUUGUUUGGCUCCUGACGCACUCAUGGGAACUGGCUGCGAUAAUAUGACGGCUAUUGUCGUCUGUUUGCUCCAUGGAAAGCCUGUUUCUGAUUUGAUACUUCGCUGUCAGAGGAAAAGCCAUGACACGGAAAAUUUAUUACAUAUCAAUAGGUAAUUUUUUUGUUUUUAUAAUAAAAUAUUGAUUUUAGAAAAAAAUUAUGGGACCUAAAUUGUAGCUUAGGAAAUUUCCUAUAAAAAAACGUUUUUAUACUAUGGGUCUAUCUUUAAUAUUUUAGGAGAUAUAACUAAAAUAAAUUACUGCGCAUGCGCGACUGCCAUUUUGAAUCCCUAUGCCAUCUUGUCAAUAUUUAUUAUAAUUUUUUUUUUUUUUUUCAGUGAACAAGAGGCAAUAAACAAUAAAGAUGCAAAUUAA